AUGGAAAGAGGUCUACGACAAGGUGACCCGCUGUCUCCUUUUCUGUUUGUCCUUGUCGUUGAUGUGUUAGAUAGGAUGCUUGGGGAGGCGGUUAGAAACAGACGCAUAUCUCCACUACUGAUAGGUAGAGAUCAGGUUGAGCUGUCGUAUCUCCAGUUCGCGGAUGAUACCAUUCUGUUCUGUCCUCUAGAGGAAGAGACAGUUAAGAACUACAGGAAGAUUCUUCGCUGUUUUGAGCUGAUGUCGGGGUUAAGCAUCAACUUUGAUAAAUCUAGCUUGAUUCCUAUUAACUGUGAUGCUCAGUGGGUUCAACGUAUGUGA